AUACCGAUGAAAACGAAACGCUUCUUGACAUUCACCGAACGUCAAUUUUUUACAAGUGACAUUUGUAUUAUCCUGCAAAAUUUUGAAGGUUUUAUACAGAACGUUUUUCAUGCACUUCCGGUACCAAUCAUAAUUAUCGGAUUAUUGUUUUGGGUAAGAAAAAGCUCCGAAAUUGCUGCAUUAAUUAAAAUAGAUUUGUAACAUAAAAUGCGACAAUUUAUUGUAACCAAAUCAACAAAGAAUGUUCACAAUAUGAAGGGCUUUUACAACGGGACCAUUAUAGGGCGGUAGCUGCAAUCACCAUGGAGGAUAGUUCUGCUCAAAUUAUCAAUUUGGAAUACUGGAUGAAAAGUCUACCAGAGCCGUUGAAGAAUGUACCACUUAUCUACUUGGCUAUCCCAGGUAGUCACGACUCGAUGACAUUUGGCAUCAACAGAUCAAGUGAACUCGCUCCCGAUGCAGAACCAAUCCUCCACCGACUGUUUCCUCUCUUCCGAGGUACGAUCUUACGCUGGACCAUAACACAGGCCACUGAUACCAUGCAGCAACUCCUUAUAGGCAUUAGAUACUUUGACUUGAGGCUUGCAACAAAAAAAGACACGGAUAAGUUCUACUUUACUCAUGGGUUGUAUGCUGACGAAAUAUCGAAAGGAUUGAAUCAAGUCAAAAGUUUUAUUGACUCACAUCCUGGAGAGGUGGUGAUAUUGGACUUCCAGCACUUCUAUGGGUUCCAGCCUGAAGACCACCAGAAGUUAAUGCGAUAUUUACUCAACUUAUAUGGUCCUCGAUUGGUCCCGAGGCAAAUGGAUCUCCAAAGGAUCACCCUCAACUCACUCGAACGCCUUAGGCAACAAGUAGUUGUCGUGUACCGCCACCAAUCGGUAUACGCGACAGAUGAGUUCUGGCAGCCGCAGAUGAUGCCCUCACCCUGGCCGCAGAAGGAUACCGUGGAUGACCUGUUACACUUCCUCACGAAUGUCAGACGCCACCCUGGCAUGGGAUUCGUGCAUCAGGCCGUACUCACGCCGACGCCUAGGUUCAUUGUGUUUAGAUGGAGAUCUACUUUACGGGACAAGUGUGCUGCUCCUGUAAAAGACGAAAUCCUACCAAAACUGGCCAAGGACUUCGAACCAGGGCCUCCUCUCGCUCAAAUCGCCGGCGCACGUACGCCAGUCAACGUCGUUAUAGCGGACUUCGUCGAAAUGGAAGAUGCAAUCUUCCCCAGAACUAUCAUACAAAUGAAUCUAAAACUCCUGAAGAAUACAGAUCAAGUUUAUCAUAACCACGGGUGAGAUAUUAAAAUGUUACAGUACAUUCUGAUAAUAAAUAGGGAUAGGUUGGAUGGGACUUUUGGUAGCUACAUAACAAUAAGUGCUAUUUUAAGAAUCUACUUUAUUGACUACGUACCUGUUAUUUACAAAAUAAUUUCUGUGAUAUGUUGCAUUAUGUUUAUUUUAAAUGUUAUAAAUAAUCUGAAAGGGUGACUCAGUGCCUUAUUGAUAUUAUAGUUUUUUUUAUAUUUU